AUGUUCAUAAGAAAAUGGAUGAUAAUAUUAUAUGGAUUAAUAGUAUUUUAUGAUAUAAUCAAAUGUAUACAUAUACAGAGAACAAAUAAAAAUGCAUUAAAGAAAAGUGAAAAAAAAAAAUAUAAUAUAUAUAUUAAAAGUAAAAAAAUGAAUAGAAUAUCUUUUUUUUUUGUAGUAAAUAACAUAAAAAAGAUAAAUUCGAAUAAAUUAAAAAACUUGAUAAAAAUGGAAAACUCGAAUUUUGAUAGUAAUAGAAUAUCUUUACUAAAAAACUUAGAAGAUGAAUCAAAUAUAAUUUUGCAAGCACCAGAAUGGAAUGAGAAUUUACCUUUACUAGAAAUAAAUAAUUUACAUGCUAUAGAAAUAGAAGGAGAAAAGGAAAUAUUACAAGGAAUUAAUCUAAAAAUAUAUUUAGGAGAAAAACAUACUAUAAUGGGUAGAAAUGGAUCAGGUAAAUCAACACUUGCAAAAGUUAUUGCAGGUCAUCCAUAUUAUAAAGUUACCAAUGGGACAAUGAAAUUUAAAGGAUUAGAUUUAAAUAAAUUGCCAGUUAAUGUUAGAUCACUAUGUGGAAUCUUUUUAGCUUUUCAGUAUCCUGUUGAAUUGCCAAUGGUAAAAAAUAAUGAAUUUUUAAGAGCUGCUCUAAAUAGUCAUCGUAGAACUAGAAAUGAGCCUGAAAUAAGUGUUUCUGAAUUUAAUUUAUUAAUGGUAGAAGAAAUAAAGAAAGUUGGAUUAAGUCCUGACUUUUUAGAUAGACCAGUUAAUUAUGGAUUUAGUGGAGGAGAAAAAAAAAGAAAUGAAAUUUUACAAAUGUUAAUUUUAAAACCAACAUUUUGUAUUUUAGAUGAAACGGAUUCUGGUUUAGAUGUAGACUCUUUUAAAUUAACUUCUAAUGUGAUAACAAAUUUUUCUAGUAAAAAUAAUUCGUUUUUAAUAGUAACACAUUAUAAAAAAUUAUUAGAAUUGCUGAAGCCAAACUUUAUUCAUAUUAUGCAUCAAGGAAAAAUUAUAGAAAGUGGAGAUUAUUCUUUAGUUGAAAAAAUAGAAUCGGAAGGUUUUUCUCAAUUUCUUAAGAAUUCUGAUACAAGUUAA